CGUGUGCCUCCUGUCUUGCAGCUGAUCAGGAAGCAGCUGGUGGAUGCCAUCAAGGCCCUGCAGAAGCAGUACGUGAGCUCGGACGCCGUGGUCACCAGCGAGGACGGGAACGCCAACACGCUCUGCAGCGCCCUGGAAGCCGUCUUCGUGCACGGCCUGAAGGCCAAGCACAUCAGGGCUGAGAGUGGGGGCAAAGGGAAGAAAGCAGGGGGACGAGGGCCCCUUCCCCAGCCCGUCUUCUGGGGGCUGCUGAAGAGCAUCACCCACCGGAAUAUUGUCUCCGAGCUGGAACAGCUCAUCUUCAUCCACACGGACGUGGGGCGCUGCCGAGCCUGGCUGAGGCUGGCUCUGAACGACGGCCUCGUGGAGUCUUACCUGAAGCUGCUGCUGCGGGAGAGGUCCCGGCUGCCCGAGUACUACCAGGCGACCGCUCUGCUCCUGGACGCCGAGGAGUGCGAGUUUCUCCUCAGCUACCUGCAGGGUUUAUCCUCCUUAACCUUCCAGCUCUCCUAUAAAUCAGCAGUUUUGAACGAGUGGACCGUCACCCCCCUGUCCCUGUCCGGCCUGUGUCCCGUGUCGGCAUCCCAACCCCACCGAAAAGCUUCGCUGGGCUCCAUCUCCCAGUCCUCGGGGUCGGACGAGAUCGAGAUCCAGCCCGCCGUGCUGCCCAGCAGCAAAGCCAGCAGCAAGGUCAAGCUGACGGCGUCCUCCUUGAGCCUCAACACCAGCAGCUCCUCCCAGCUCUCCUCCAGCCUGGGCUCCGACAGCGUCCCCCCGGCCCCCGGCCGCCCCGGGCGGGGCGAGGAGCCGCUCUCCUGCCACUGCCGCCUGGGCACGGCCCCCGAGGACCUGGACAGGUCGCUGCAAGAGUGA